UCACAAUAAAGGAAUCGACUAAAUAGGUUUUCAACUCUCUUGCUGCAGUGGUUAAUUUUCCUUUGAUGGCAUUUUAUAGAGAAGACAGUCGGGAGGACGCACGAGAGUGUCCAGUGUGUUAUGAGAGUCUGUCGGGCAUAGAGAGGACUUUAAGCUGUGGACAUAUAUUCUGCCACGACUGUCUGGUCAAAACGCUGGUAAGCAUCAACAGCAAUGGGAACAUUGCCAGAGACACUAUUGUUUGCCCUAUCUGCCGACAUCUUACAUUCAUCAAGAAACAAAAAGAAGCGAUCGUGUCCCUCGCGAAUCACAAGGAACCAGGUGAAGGGCAGACCCUAGAGGUGCCUCUCCCUCCGCCGGAGAGACAGCUCCAGAGCGCACGGCGCGCCUCCACAGACACUUUGCCGAACGGAGUUAGAUGGAUCGCUCGUUGCUUCAGGGGGAUGUCUGAAAGGAUCCGUCGACAGAGGUUGAUUAGCCCAAGCAAUAAUGCAUCUCAGAUCUUUAUCAUAAGCGCUCAAGGGAGGCCCAUGGCUGAAGACGAUGCGCUCAGUGUUGUGAUGACUGUGGUUCAACCGCAGCGCAGGCGAAGGCGCAGAAUUUGUACAACUGCACGAUGCCUGCUCAUUCUGCUCUCAGCAUUUACCAUACUAGCACUGGUGGCUGCAACUUUACCCUGGAUUUUGUUGGCAUAACCAGUGAUGUCGGGAUUCGGAAGUGCCAAACAUGAACUGACAUUUAUAGGAAAAAAAAGUUCUCAUUCAUGAAACGAAGUUUACCCACUAGCUAUCCAAUGAAGUGUGUGAAGCAGUUUAUGUGUUUUACUGAUCAAACAAUGCAUUCCAGUAGAUACUCAAGAUGAAAAUGUAGUACAUUUAGUCAGUAUGUUAAAGUGCUUUGUUUUGCAACAUGGUUUGGAGAUGUGAUUGUCAAGGUAUUGACUCUCCUUUAGGGAGAGUUUAUAGGCAUGCCCAUGUCCUUUUAUGUGCAUUGCCAAGCAACAGUCAAUGUAAAGGUUAAAGCCUUGACAGCAGCAUCUUUUGUUUUACAUUCCUGUCUGUGACAUGUUCUACCUGUUUUAUGAGAAUGCAGGAAAUGUAACCAUUAAAAGCACACAAGUGUGGGCAUUUAGAAACAACAAUUCCAACAAAAAGAGGGGUUUUGGCUGAAAAAAAUCAAUAAAAACAA